GAGUCUGUAUGUCAUAUACCUUUACCGACACUUUCGUUGACGACUGCCACAAGACAGCGUUCCGAACCUGCUACGACAGCUACGAGUACACGGUGAUGCCUUUUGGCCUUACAAAUGCGCUCUCUACAUUCCAACUGACUAUGAACGACGUGUUCAGAGAUUUAGUCGACAAGUGUGUCAUCGUCUAUCUCGAUGACAUCUUGGUCUUCAGCAAAACACAGGAACAGCACCUCCAGGACCUCAACCGGUUUUUUCAACGACUGCAGCAGGGGCGACUCAUCACCAAGGGCUCUAAGUGCGAGUUCCUAAAAUCCGAACUGAAAUUUUUGGGACACGUCGUUGGAGCGGAGGGCAUCAAAAUCGACCCAACGAAGAUCACCACUAUCCACGACUGGAAGCCGCCCACGAAUUUACAAGAGCUGCAAAGUUUUCUCGAGUUCGUUAAUUACGUCCGGCGAUUUAUCCCCAAUAUGGCAGGGACAACCGGACCUUUAACUGACCUACUGCGGAAGGGAAAUUCUUUUGAGUGGGGGGAGAGACAGCAAGCUGCUUUUGACGAACUCAGAUUUUUUCUGAUGUCACCCCCACCGACACUGACUGUAUCUGGGUUCCCGCUUACCGUCUCCUUUGCGAAUUUACUGAUUCAGGAAGUCCAUGACUCUAACUUCUCCGGUCAUUUCGGGGUUGACAAAACCCAGAAAUUACUUUACCAUUUUCAUUAUCUGUCAGAUUCAGCGUCUGAUGUGCAGAGAUACGUAUCGGCGUGCCUGACCGGCCAGCGAAUGAAGUCCUCUCGACAGCGGCCAGCUAGACUGCUGCAACCGCUCGAGCCACCCCAGAAGCCAUGGCAACACGUGACGAUGGACUUCGUCACAGGACUUCCGGCCGGCGCAAGUGGCAAUGACGCCGUCCUCGUCGUCGUCGAUCGCUUGACGAAAACGGCACAUUUCGCACCCUCUUGCACGACCAUCUUAGCCGAAGAAACCGCCAAACUCUUCAUCUCCACCGUUGUUCGUUUGCAUGGCCUCCUAUCGGCGAUCAUCAGCGACCGCGAUCCCAAAUAUACGUCCAAGUUCUGGCAAGAGACAUGGGAACAAUACGGCACCCGCAUGCAAUUCUCAUCUGCCUACCACCCACAAACCAACGGGCACACAGAGCGAACCAAUCAGACCAUGGAGCAGCUGAUACGCACCAACUGCCCCGACCCCACCCGAUGGGAAGAAUUCCUGCCCAUGCUGGAUUUUUCCUACAACAACGCCCCAUCUGCAACAACUAAUCACUCACUAAUCUUCCUCAACUACGGAAUGGAUCCCACCGUUCCCACGACGACCAACAUCGAUAACCCAGUGCCCUAGUCCCAGCAAUUCGUUAACGAC